AUGAAAACAUCAGCAAAUAUCGCAAUAACCACUGAGAGCAAUGACAUCGAAACAAUGAACACAAAUUCAACAAGCUUAAAUGAAGAGCGAGUUAAUGCAUUAUUGGCAACGAGAGAUCAAGACAAUUUGUUGGCAACAGCAAGAGUGAAAGUGAAGUCUAAAAUUGGUGAAAAAAUGGACGCGCGCACAGUGGUUGAUAACGGUUCACAAAGUGCAAUGAUUACCGAACGAUUGGUGCAAGUGUUGGCAUUAAAACCAGAAAUUGUGUAUGUGAAAAUUGACAUGGUUGGUGAAAAAAAUCUGCAAUCCUUCAAGCGUGUAAAAUUAGAGAUAUCAUCGAGAUGGGAAAAUGGUUAUGCAUUCACAACGUACGCAUUGGUUAUGAAGAACAUAACACGACUCAAUGUUUUCAAGGGUGAUUUGUUGCAGUAUCCGCAUUUGCAAAAUCUGAAGUAUGCGGACCCAUCAAUAGAUUCAAAUGAUAAAAUUGAUCUGUUAUUGGGAGUAGCAGAUUAUUCCAGAAUUGUAGAGACCGGCGUGAUAAGAGCCAGUGAUGAGGAACCAAUAGCCCAAAAUUCAAGAUUGGGCUGGCUCAUCAUGGGACCACAGGCAAAUUUGGAUGUGACGGAUUUAAAUUUGACAGAUAAGAUGAACCCGAUCAAAAAAGUAAAAGUAGACGUGAUGCUAACAAAUGUAGAAGUGGUGAAUAAAAUGACGAAAUUUAUGGACGACGAGAAUUGCGAUGAUUCAGAUGAUAGUGAAGAGGAAAUGACUGAAGAAGAAAAGUUUUGUGAAGAGUUUUACAAGAAGACAACAAGACAAAAUGCAGAUGGUCGAUUCAUUGUUUCUCUUCCAUUUAAAAACCAAAAAUCACCAGAUUUGGGUGAUUCACGAAAGAUGGCAAUGGCAACUUUAUUUCAAUUGGAAAAGCGAAUGGCAAAAAACAACGAGUUCAAAAUGCUAUAUAAAGAGUCUAUCAAUGAAGCAAUCAAAUUGGGACAUAUGGUACUGAUCAAAGAUGCACCGAUGGAUGGACAUUAUAUCCCGCACCAUGCAGUAAUGAAAGAUAGUACAACCACAAAGUUACGACCAGUUCAUAAUGGAUCAGCCAAAACGUCCAACGGUAAAUCAUUGAAUGAACAAAUGGCCAUCGGAAAAAUCGAGCAGACAAGCAUUUUUGAACUGAUGUUAAGGUGGCGAAAAAAUAAAAUAGCAGUGAUAGCAGAUUUGGAGAAAAUGUAUAAACAGAUUCAAAUCGACAAAACGCAAUAUAAAUAUCAGCUAGUGUUGUGGCGAGAGAAUCCAAAUGAGCCAAUUAAAACAUACGCAUUAACGACUGUAAUUUUUGGGUUGAGCGGAUCACCGUAUUUAGCGAUGCGUACAUUGAAACAGUUGGCAAUGCAAGUAGCUAAAAAAUAUCCAUUAGCGUCACGUGCUAUAAUGGAGAAUUUCUAUAUGGAUAAUUUUUCUGGUGGAGCGGAAUCCGUAGCGGACGCAUCGAAAUUGUGCAACGAAUUAACAAAAACAUUCGAAGCGCUCAAUUCAAUCUUCGUAAAUUUGCAAGUAAUUCGAAAGAAUUUAUGGAGACGAUUCCAAUCGAAAAGCGAGAGAUAA